AAGUGAGGAGAACCCAGGAGUCGUCGUGACGGUACGGAAAAACAAUCCGUAUUCAUCUGAUUUAUUUAAUCAGUUUAGAAGUCAAUUGAUGCAGAUUAGGAGUGGUUAUAAGGGUCUAGUCUGUUUCGGAUCGAACAUUGAGGAGAAAAAUUGAAGAGAAAAGCGUAAAACUGACUUUAUUGUUCGGCCGGUCUGUAUAGAGGAAGAGAAGCGGCAGGGCGGAAGCUGAUCUUUCAUCUUUCUAAUCGGUUUCGGUGGUUUUAUUUGGAACUAAAGCGGUAAAUUCGGUCCGUAAUGGCGUGUGGAGCUACACUGAAGAGGAGUAUGGAUUUUGAUCCUUUGAUGAAUCAAAAUUCACCCAAAAGGAGGCGCUGCGCUCCCAUCACCCCCUCAGCGUCCCCCCAGAAAUACCUCCGCCUGGAGCCCUCACCAUUCAGCCAGGUGAACCCCGCCCCCCUCAGUACAGAGCAAAUUGUGUACAACAUAAAGCAGGAGUAUAAACGCAUGCAGAAGAGGAGACACCUGGAGAACAGCUUCACCGAAUCAUGUAUUGACUCUCAACCCAGCACCUCCAUCAGCGGAGUGUGUGUUGGCUCCUCGUCCCCCACUAAAAAAGAUCAGCCGUUAUUCACCCUCAAACAGGUGGGUUUGAUCUGUGAACGUCUGCUGAAAGAACGAGAGGAUAAAGUACGAGAGGAGUAUGAAGAAAUCCUCACCACCAAACUCGCAGAACAGUAUGAUACGUUUGUGAAGUUCACUCACGACCAGCUGAUGCGCAGAUUUGGGGAGCAACCAGCUAGCUACGUAUCGUGAGUUUGAAAGUUGAACCGUUGCUGCCUGGCGGGGUUUGAUCACUGGGACUGAGACAUCCACGCGCCCAUCUGAUCAGCUCUGUCUGAUCUGAGCUGAUACUGUGGUGCACACCUCAUCUCUACACCAAGUGUGCAUCAGAUUCUAUCUUAUACUACACCUCUCUACACCCCCCGAACCCCCUCAGUGCAGUAUAUAGGGGAAGUGCUUCCUGUUUGGACUCUUUAUAUCAUUCACAUGUUGCUGCUUUUAUAACUUCACUGUUUAACCUUUUAUUUUCUGUUGAAUUUAGUUCUUUGAUGUGCUUGUGGUGUGUGUGUGUGACUGUUUAAACGGCAUUAGGAUUAUUCUCAUUCACAUGCGGCUGAACGGUUGAGUUUAAGCUAGUCUAGUUUGCUUUGUGUGAGGCAGCCAUCAGAUUUUAAUCAGACUAACUAGUGAUGGAUCUGAAUUCAGUGUAAAAGCAUGUGUUUCAAAUCAGGAUUACUAUCCAGAUACCGAUGUGUUAUUCUCCAAGUGUGUACAGAGUGUAGCAAAACAUUUAUAAUACUCUUUGCCUUGUAAAAAAGCAUCAUGUAAAAUCACUGGUAUAUUUUUAUUGAUUUCUUUUUGUAAUUGUUUUGAUUUGUAAUUUCUUUGCUCAGUUGCAAUAUAGAUUUACAGUCGUUCUACUUUCACUUUAUUAAACUUGUACAAAUAAACAGUUUACAUGACAAAAAA